AUGACGGACGAUAGAAUUCCUGUUAGUACUCCUUCGGGCAGUGGUCUGAAUUUAGAAGCUUUACUGGAGGCCCAGAAGACAGCGAUCCUCACAGCAGUCAAUGAAAAGAUUUCAGGGCUUGAAGCUACCUUGCAAAACCAACAACAAGAGUUGGCGAUCAAUACCUCCCAAAAUCAAGUUGCCGCCCCACCAACCUUCAAAAAGAAAGGAAAUGAGCACCAAUUCAAAUUCAACGAAAAAGUGAUUGCAUGUCACAAACAAGCUUCGAAAGCACUGGAGCUGAAAAACAUCGCUCGAGCAAAAGAACUGCUCGAACAAGGUACUGUCCUUUUGAAUAAUAGGCAAAAACUUACAAAAAUUGCAGACAAAAGCGAGUUUGGCUGUGCCACUAUUCAAGAAUAUGUUGAUGAUGAGCUCGCGGAUAACGAAGCCGAUGCCAAAAAGAUCAAAAAAGCGGAGAAAAGAGCAGGCGAGCGUUCCAAAGCGGCGGCAGUGAAGAAGAAAAAGCUUUCGAAACCAAGCGCCCAAACUAGCUCAAGUCAGCGUUAUAUGUCGCAUAACAUGCCUUAUAACAAUUAUGGGUCUUAUUUUCGUCCCCAAGGUAGCAGAUUUAAUUGGUCCUCAAGACCAACCAUGCAGCGAGACUUGUGUUUCCGAUGUGGCAAGCGCGGCCAUUGGGCAGAUAGCUGUUCCCGAAUUUCCAACGGAUCCAACUCCUCCGGAUCUAAGUAA